AAAAUCCCGACUUCGAAUGCGGGACCAGUAAGACAGCAAGUAGCUCUCUUGGUCUCGCGCGUAAACGAAACCAUCCGAUUGAAAUCAUCCUCUCUCUCUCUCUCUCUCUCGACUGUUGACUCAAACACGUCUGGGUCUUUCGCUGGUUUUAACGACUGUAAUAGAUAAAUAGAUCUUAUUACAGUCUUUGACUUGUUUCUUGUUGCCUUGUACGAAGGAGUGGAGCGAUUUUGUUGCUACCCAUCUUGAGAAAGGAGGUUCGGAGCAAAGAUGGAGACGAAAGGAAGUACGAUGUCGUUCUUGGUCGUAUCGGUGCUGGUUUUGUCUGCGAUGUUUCAAGAUUGUUCUGCAGCAUUCAAUUUGCUCAACCGGAAGAAGCCAUCAGCGUCAGCGGCAGCGUCAUCGAGCGCCAAGCGUGACGCCAAGAGUGCUCCCUCCUCCGUUGUGUUUCCGGUUCGUGGAAAUGUGUAUCCUGAAGGGUUGUACUAUGUUACCCUUUACAUUGGACAGCAACCCAAGCCUUACUACCUUGAUAUUGACACUGGCAGCGAUCUCACAUGGCUCCAAUGCGAUGCUCCCUGUGUUAGCUGCUCUCAGGUACCCCAUCCUCUGUACCGACCCAAAAACAAUUUAGUUUAUUGUCAGGAUCCCAUCUGCGCCUCCGUCAAUCACCCUGGAAACCACAAAUGUGAGAGACCAAAAGAUCAAUGUGACUAUGACAUUGAGUAUGCUGAUCACGGUUCCUCACUUGGCGUCCUCGUCAAGGAUGAAUUCCCGCUGCGUGUUACCAAUGGAUCUCUUCUUAAACCCCAUUUGGUUUUUGGAUGUGGGUAUGAUCAGGAGUUCUCUACUGUAUCAUCUUCUCCUACGGAUGGAGUGCUUGGACUUGGUAACAGCAAAUCUAGCAUUAUAUCUCAGCUCAGUGAUCAAGGUUUAACAAGAAAUGUGGUUGGCCACUGUUUUGAUGGGCAAGGUGGAGGGUUUUUAUUCUUUGGUGAUGAUCUUGUCCCACCUUCUGGAGUAGUUUGGACACCAAUGUCACGCAAUCCCUUGAACAAAUACUACUCGCCGGGACCUGCCCAACUGAUUUUUGGAGGGCAGCAUACUGGUGUCAAGGGUCUGAUGACAGUUUUUGACAGUGGGAGCUCCUACACUUACUUCAAUUCCAAGUUUUAUCAAACUUUCAUUUCUUUAGUGAGGAAGGAUUUAACUGGAAAACCAUUAAAAGAAGCACGGGAUGACCAAACACUCCCAAUAUGUUGGAAAGGCACAAAACCGUUUAAAUCUAUACGUGAUGUGAAGGAACACUUCAAGCCAUUGACACUAAGCUUUUCAAAUGGCAAGAAUGCUCGACUGGAAAUACUCCCCGAGUCUUAUUUGAUUAUCAGUUCUCAUGGCAAUGCCUGCUUAGGAAUUUUGAAUGGUACUGAAAUAGGAUUGCAGGAUAUCAAUAUCAUUGGUGAUACUUUGCUGCGUGACAAAAUAGUGAUUUAUGACAAUGAGAAAAGGCAGAUUGGAUGGAUAGCUACAUAUUGCAAUAGACUCCCCAAUGAAGAUCGUGGUGGCAAAGCCUCUCAUCCUUAUGGUAUCGACUUCAGUAUCUUAUCAGAUCAGUAUCCUGCAGUUUAUUCUUUUGGAGAUGAUGCUGUAUAGCAGAACAGGAUUUACUGAAAGAAAAAACAAUAUAAUUUUUUGUCUUUUGUUUUUCAUUUAUGGGGAGGCAAGGGAAAUGACAAUUGAUGUAUACCACCUUAACAAUUAAAAGGAAAAAUGAUAUAGGAGUUUGCUACAAUAAAAAUACAUGUUUCAGUUCUUUUGAGUAGUUGUUACAAGGGGAAACGUCUACAUCCUCCUCCCCACAAAAGAAUAAGAAAUUUAAUUGAUUGGAAAUGGAUCAAAAAUGGUUGUACAAAACCC